CGUCACAUCAAUGGCCGGUCCCUUGAAGAACUGACACGGUUGUGUUCUUGGAGGAGUGAUCAAUUUCUGUUUUGUUAUUUUCCUUCGAAACAAUGUCUCAUCAAACCGGCAUUCAAGCUAAUGAAGAACUAAAGGCUAUCUUUGCAAGAGCCAAAAUGGGAAAAAUAAGAGUUAUUAAAGUAGAUAUUCAGGAUGAGCAGUUACUUUGUACCAGUAGUAAGGAAGCUGAUGGAGACUGGGAGAAUGAUUAUGACAAAUCAAUUCUACCUCUGUUAGAAGAGAAAGAACCUUGCUAUAUCUUUUAUCGAUUGGACAGCCAAAAUAACCAAGGCUAUGAGUGGCUGUUUAUCUCCUACUCUCCUGACUUUUCCAAGCCUCAGCGGAAGAUGUUGUUUGCUGGAACAAAAGCUACUCUGAAGCAGGAGUUUGGAGGAGGUCAUAUAAAAGAUGAAUUGUUUGGAACAAAUCAAUCUGAUGUUUCAUUAAAUGGAUUCAAGAAACACAAAGCUCAUGAAAGUGCCCCACCUCCACUGACUACCCAAGAGCUGGAACUUGAAAUGGUGAAACAGCAAGAGAUGCGAGCAGACAUCAGUGUAGACAGCAAACAGAGUCACAUGACUGGUGUCCAGUUUCCAGUAACUGAUGAGGCUCGGGCUAAACUGACGGAGCUCAAAAAUAAAAAAUUAAGCUUGGUCCAAUUAGAACUUAACAUAAAGAACGAAACAAUUGUUCUUGCGGAAACCAAGGAGAACGUUCAUGCCAACGAUUUGGCACAAAAUGUUCCUGAAGACAAAGGACGAUAUGUUUUCUAUCUUUUUAAACACACCUUUGAAGGCGACUUCUUGGAAUCCAUAGGUAAGAAAUUACCAAUAACGGGGGAUCUGUGAACGAGAUCAUGUUACCCCCCCCUUCUGCGAUUAAUAAAUCACCAGUCCCUUACAUGUAACUUUGUUUCUCAGAUUGAAACGUCCGACCCUAAGGAACUGAACGAAGAGUUCUUACACGAUCAACUUCACCCCCGUAAGGACUUGAUCAGACAGAAGUUUGCCAAGCCUCCAAAACCAAGUGGAAGUCGCGGGCCAAGGAGAAUCCACAAGGAAACGUCAAGCACGGAAUAGUUUGUUCAGAUUCCGAUAGUUAAACGAAUGUAUUCGCGUUUCAUAUUUUGGUGAAAAUUGCAAAUUCUCGCGAAUCAACCUAAUGAAAUUUAUUAUUUUCUAUUAUUUUGUUGUUGUUGUUGUUGUUCAGAGUUGCAAGAACUUACCUGUGCAAGAAAUUCCAUUGUUCUUUCGUAGAAAAAUUAAUCUUUCGUAAUGUA